CUUCAAACCUUUCAUCUCCCCCUUUCUUUCCCAAAACCCUCAAUCUCUCCAUCUCUAUCUCCAUAUUCAGUCACUCUAUCUUCAGCAGCCGUCCAUUAUAACCCACGCAAAUGAUCCACUGCCAGCCACCAUAAACGCGAUGGGUUUUAGACGACAUCUCCACACGCGACGGGCUUCGUCAGACGGCAUCUCGAGACGACGGUCUUCGUCAGACGGCAUCUCCACAUGCAACGGGCUUCGGACGGCGACCUCGACGGGCUUUGGAUUGUGAACCACGGUCUUCCGACGACGGCCCACGGACUUCCGACGGCGACCCACGGCCUUCCGAUGGCGACCCACUGCAGUCCGACCACUCCCACACUAACUCCGACCCAUGAUUCCAACUGCAUCUUUGUUGAAUUAUCAUACACCAUAGAAUCUGAAGAAGAAGGAAGUUCUGGAGCUGAGGAGUUCUGGCUUUUUUUCCAGGUUGAAGAGAUGUGCCUUCCUUUACACUCCGUGGAGAUGACAUUCUUCAGUUUCGUACAUGCCCUGCUGCUUCUUUUUUUCUCAAUGCAGCCAGAUGAAAUAUACAGGAUUGGAAGAUCAAAUAUUGGAGGCUGGAGCAGAUAUUUUGGUUACUUCAUCUUACCAAGUUUGCAAUGCCAAUGGAUUAAGCUUUCUUUGUUUUUGUACUUUUCACUCUGUGAUGGCUUUGGGAUGUCUUUCUUUACGAAAUUUGAUCCCCUGUUCAAUGAAUAGGAUCAAAUUGGAGAAAUUUCAAUCAAUUUAAAUGAAUUGGAUUGAAGUUCUUUCGAUGAAGUAACAUUUCUGGACAUUCAAAUUGUUAUAGGUAGUGGACCUGAUGUAUAGGAAGCAGACAGUAUUUAAUAUCUGGAAGGCUAAUGUUUGUGUGCUUAAUGAUAUCUAACCACAUCGGUUUAGCUCCA